CACCCAAGCGACUUCAUUACUGUCGGUAUCUAUUCAACAUUUUGUUCAUCCAGGGACAGAAAAAGGCAAUCAUGGGAUGCUUCCUUGAGUUUGCUACACUACUUUUCUGGAUAUGCAUAAUUUCGGAAAAAGCAGAACUGCGGCCUACAUGGACUUCCUCGCCCUCAAAUCCAACCUCUGUUAUCGAAAACGAGAAUCUUGAUCUGCACUGGAGGUUCAACACCGGCGGCUCACUGACAUUUGCCAAGUUUUUGCUAAUGGGUGAUGACCAAUCAGAGAAGCAGCUAAUAGCCCUCAAGUCAUCGUCUAACGGCUCUGUCAAUGUCGAUUCUGCCUUUCGAGAUCGAUUUAUUUUCAACAUUUCAAAUUAUCAAGCUUUGGUUACACUUGUUGCUGUGCAACGAUACGACAGUGCCAGAUAUCGUUUUCAGAUAGCAAACCAGGAUCUGGAUAGAAUCAACAACGAUGUGAACAUCAGAGUCCUAUUCCCACCAAGUAUAACAUCAGUGCAAUGUCCCAGUGCCCUCACGGAAGGUGACAAUGUCAAACUUGUAUGUAAUUUCACCGGUAAUCCGUUGCCGAGUGUUGUAUGGAACAGAGCGAAUACAAGAGAGACACUUUCAAACCGUGAAAUACUGUUUAUAGAAGACAUCAAACGCAGCGACUCUGGUAGAUACGAGUGCCUUGCUUGGAACGGAAUUGGAAACAACAGCAGAGAAUUCUGCGAAGUUGAUGUAAACUAUCCUGCCCAGAUAAUGGAUAUAUCUAUCAACCAGACAGUUCAGUUGGGUAAAAAUGUAACCCUCUAUUGUCGAGUGAUGGGAAAUCCGGUACCGACCAUAUCUUGGACUCACAAAAACAAUGUCGGGAGUGGUAGUGAACUUCAUUUUGAUUCCGCAAGAUUCAACGACCACGGAUGGUAUAAAUGUACAGCACAAAAUGGAAUUGGUUCUCCAGCCACUGCUCGUACAUAUCUUGAUGUUGCGGAAAGAGCCAGUAAUGUGAUAAAUGUAAAGAUGACAAUCACUAAUGAGGAAUUUGACACAAGUCUCAUGUACGAAGAGAGCAGAAGAUACCAGCACCUCUCAAAGCGCGUUAUUGAAGUGAUUGGAGAUUUUUUCAGAACUGAUAAGAACUUCAAAAGCGUUGAAAUCCUACGUUUUGAAAGAGGCAGCGUGGUUGUAAUUUUCAAUUUAAGAUUCGAACGAACAGUACGCAACGACAACAUUUUUUCUGCCCUGAAACACGCCGCGCUGGACAGAAAACUCGGAAAAUUCACAAUAGAUCCACUGUCGAUCAUGGCACCUCAAGAUGCCAUUAUUUCAGCAACAAGUUCGCCGAGGGUAUCCUCCUCAGGGUCCACAUGGAUAUUAGUCGGUUCUUUGUCGGGAUCUUUGUUGUUUCUUUUGUUCAUUGCCUUUGCUUUCUGGGUUUGUUGGAGACGAUGGAAAAAAGAUAAACCAUCAUCACGUGGAAAUGGAGAAAGAGAUCAGCUGAAUGAAGAUGAAGCUGAAACUAAACCAUUAACUGGAACUGAAGAAGGUGUACAGAUCUGCAAAAUGGAACAAAAACCAUUGAGUGGAAAUGAGAAAAGUCUACAGAUCAGUCGAAAUAAGGGGAUCCUGCACAGUAUGGAUCCGAACGUCCUUGCAAAUGCUAAACGCGCCACGUACACCCUUGAAAGAACGACGAGUGGAGGAGAUGCCGUUAAAGAAACAGUUGAAUUACAUUUUUACUAGCCUAGACUUCUAUGAAUAAAAUAAAAAUAAGUGGGAAUCUCAUUAACUCUUUUCUUUGAAUAAUGGUGAUGCAUUUGAUGUGUGGAAGAUAUUAAUUAACAAAUUGUUACAUUUAUCUCCCAUGUUUUUUAUAUUCCUAAGUUAAUAACUCCACUUUUUCAUCAAGGUGGGAGUAAUAGUCAACAAACCAGAGAUUUUAUGAUUUCUAAUGACCGGAAUAGCUGUAGUAAUCUUCUAAGCCUCUUAGUAAUUGCUAAAAUGUUAUCAUGUGCAGUAUAUAUGUAUAUGUCUAAAUAGACCAUCUUAGAACGAUAGAGAUAGAGAGAAUUUAAAAACUGUUGCACAAAUUCAAGAUAGAAGUAGGUGUGCCCUCGCAUAGCAGUCUAGAAUUCCCAAGUUCCCUUGGUUUUGAAAAGGGACUAUAAAAUUGUGGAGAUAGUCUUUUAUAGCUUUUAUAAAAAAAAUUAUCAGGAAAUGGGCGCUUGGUUUAGGCCAGGUUAGAAUAGUUUCAUCUAAUUAUAAUUCACCUUCGAUUAGCAUCUCAGAUACUUAAGUCAUUCAAGUUUCGGCCGAUCGAAGAAUUACUCAAUACUCACUAUGUGAGAUAAUUGGUCUAUUUUUUCGCAAAGAUGUAACCCAUAUGGUAAUUUUAUGAGAUUUUAUGAAAAGAAAUUAUGGGAAAGUCAAUGUAAAAAAAAAACAACCCAUAAUUGAUUUCUUUUUCUUUUGGCGUUCAAUUUCAUUGAAAGGUUUGCACGGUAACUCCUAUACUGAUGACAAUGUUACAUUGGUUUCUCAUAUUUAUCAUAUCAGUCAAGCAGUAUAUCAUAUUUAAAUUUUUUUGUAAAAAUAAAGUA